AUGUUGCAUUCUUAUCAAGAAGGCCAUAGGCGCAAAUCGAGUCUAUGUUGCAUUCUAAAUGGCCAUAGGCGCCAAAUCGAUUCUAUGUUGCAUUCUUAUCAAGAAGCUGGCCAUAGGCGCCAAAUCGAUUCUAUGUUGCAUUCUUAUCAAGAAGCUGGCCAUAGGCGCCAAAUCGAGUCUAUGUUGCAUUCUUAUCAAGAAGCUGGCCAUAGGCACCAAAUCGAGUCUAUGUUGCAUUCUUAUCAAGAAGCUGGCCAUAGGCGCCAAAUCGAUUCUAUGUUGCAUUCUUAUCAAGAAGCUGGCCAUUGGCCCCAAAUCGAGUCUAUGUUGCAUUCUUAUCAAGAAGCUGGCCAUUGGCCCCAAAUCGAGUCUAUGUUGCAUUCUUAUCAAGAAGCUGGCCAUAGGCGCCAAAUCGAGUCUAUGUUGCAUUCUUAUCAAGAAGCUGGCCAUUGGCGCCAAAUCGAGUCUAUGUUGCAUUCUUAUCAAGAAGCUGGCCAUAGGCGCCAAAUCGAGUCUAUGUUGCAUUCUUAUCAAGAAGCUGGCCAUAGGCGCCAAAUCGAUUCUAUGUUGCAUUCUUAUCAAGAAGCUGGCCAUAGGCGCCAAAUCGAGUCUAUGUUGCAUUCUUAUCAAAUCGAGUCUAUGGCCAUAGGCGCCAAAUCGAUUCUAUGUUGCAUUCUUAUCAAGAAGCUGGCCAUUGGCCCCAAAUCGAUUCUAUGUUGCAUUCUUAUCAAGAAGCUGGCCAUAGGCGCCAAAUCGAUUCUAUGUUGCAUUCUUAUCAAGAAGCUGGCCAUUGGCACCAAAUCGAGUCUAUGUUGCAUUCUUAUCAAGAAGCUGGCCAUUGGCCCCAAAUCGAUUCUAUGUUGCAUUCUUAUCAAGAAGCUGGCCAUAGGCGCCAAAUCGAGUCUAUGUUGCAUUCUUAUCAAGAAGCUGGCCAUAGGCGCCAAAUCGAUUCUAUGUUGCAUUCUUAUCAAGAAGCUGGCCAUAGGCGCCAAAUCGAUUCUAUGUUGCAUUCUUAUCAAGAAGCUGGCCAUUGGCACCAAAUCGAGUCUAUGUUGCAUUCUUAUCAAGAAGCUGGCCAUUGGCACCAAAUCGAGUCUAUGUUGCAUUCUUAUCAAGAAGCUGGCCAUUGGCACCAAAUCGAGUCUAUGUUGCAUUCUUAUCAAGAAGCUGGCCAUAGGCGCCAAAUCGAGUCUAUGUUGCAUUCUUAUCAAGAAGCUGGCCAUUGGCGCCAAAUCGAUUCUAUGUUGCAUUCUUAUCAAGAAGCUGGCCAUUGGCCCCAAAUCGAUUCUAUGUUGCAUUCUUAUCAAGAAGCUGGCCAUAGGCACCAAAUCGAGUCUAUGUUGCAUUCUUAUCAAGAAGCUGGCCAUUGGCGCCAAAUCGAUGUUGCAUUCUAUGUUGCAUUCUUAUCAAGAAGCUGGCCAUUGGCGCCAAAUCGAGUCUAUGAUGCAUUCUAUGUUGCAUUCUUAUCAAGAAGCUGGCCAUUGGCGCCAAAUCGAGUCUAUGUUGCAUUCUUAUCAAGAAGCUGGCCAUUGGCCCCAAAUCGAGUCUAUGUUGCAUUCUUAUCAAGAAGCUGGCCAUUGGCGCCAAAUCGAGUCUAUGUUGCAUUCUUAUCAAGAAGCCAUAGGGCCAUAUGUUGCAUUCUUAUCCAAAUUGGCGAGUCUAUGUUGCAUUCUUAUCAAGAAAGGCGCCAAAUCGAGUCUAUGUUGCAUUCUUAUUGGCGGGGGCGCCAAAUCGAGUCUAUGUUGCAUUCUUAUCAAGAAGCUGGCCAUUGGCGCCAAAUCGAGUCUAUGUUGCAUUCUUAUCAAGAAGCUGGCCAUUGGCGCCAAAUCGAGUCUAUGUUGCAUUCUUAUCAAGAAGCUGGCCAUUGGCGCCAAAUCGAGUCUAUGUUGCAUUCUUAUCAAGAAGCUGGCCAUUGGCGCCAAAUCGAGUCUAUGUUGCAUUCUUAUCAAGAAGCUGGCCAUAGGCGCCAAAUCGAGUCUAUGUUGCAUUCUUAUCAAGAAGCUGGCCAUUGGCGCCAAAUCGAUUCUAUGUUGCAUUCUUAUCAAGAAGCUGGCCAUUGGCGCCAAAUCGAGUCUAUGUUGCAUUCUUAUCAAGAAGUCUAUGUUGCAUUCUUAUCAAGCUGGGCAUAAAUCAGUCUAUGUUGCAUUCUUAUCAAGAAGCCAAAUCGAUUCUAUGUUGCAUUCUUAUCAAGAAGCUGGCCAUUGGCGCCAAAUCGAUUCUAUGUUGCAUUCUUAUCAAGAAGCUGGCCAUUCUUAUCAAGAAGCUGGCCAUUGGCGCCAAAUCGAGUCUAUGUUGCAUACUUAUCAAGAAGCUGGCCAUUGGCCCCAAAUCGAGUCUAUGAUGCAUUCUUAUCAAGAAGCUGGCCAUUGGCGCCAAAUCGAGUCUAUGUUGCAUUCUUAUCAAGAAGCUGGCCAUAGGCGCCAAAUCGAGUCUAUGUUGCAUUCUUAUCAAGAAGCUGGCCAUUGGCGCCAAAUCGAGUCUAUGUUGCAUUCUUAUCAAGAAGCUGGCCAUUGGCGCCAAAUCGAGUCUAUGAUGCAUUCUUAUCAAGAAGCUGGCCAUUGGCCCAAAUCGAGUCUAUGUUGCAUUCUUAUCAAGAAGCUGGCCAUUGGCGCCAAAUCGAUUCUAUGUUGCAUUCUUAUCAAGAAGCUGGCCAUUGGCGCCAAAUCGAUUCUAUGUUGCAUUCUUAUCAAGAAGCUGGCCAUUGGCGCCAAAUCGAUUCUAUGUUGCAUUCUUAUCAAGAAGUUGGCUGGCCAUUGGCGCCAAAUCGAGUCUAUGUUGCAUUCUUAUCUUAUCAAGAAGCUAUGGCAUUCUUAUAGGCACCAAAUCGAGUCUAUGAUGCAUUCUUAUCAAGAAGCUGGCCAUUGGCGCCAAAUCGAGUCUAUGUUGCAUUCUUAUCAAGAAGCUGGCCAUUGGCGCCAAAUCGAGUCUAUGUUGCAUUCUUAUCAAGAAGCUGGCCAUAGGCGCCAAAUCGAGUCUAUGUUGCAUUCUUAUCAAGAAGCUGGCCAUUGGCCCCAAAUCGAGUCUAUGAUGCAUUCUUAUCAAAGCUGGCCAAGCCAAAUCGAGUCUAUGUUGCAUUCUUAUCAAGGCCAUAGGCGCCAAAUCGAGUCUAUGUUGCAUUCUUAUCAAGAAGCUGGCCAUUGGCGCCAAAUCGAGUCUAUGUUGCAUUCUUAUCAAGAAGCUGGCCAUAGGCGCCAAAUCGAGUCUAUGUUGCAUUCUUAUCAAGAAGCUGGCCAUUGGCCAAAGGAGUCCAAUUCUUAUCAAGAAGCUGGCCAUUGGCGCCAAAUCAGUCUAGAAGCUGGCCAAAUCCAUGUUGCAUUCUUAUCAAGGCCCCAAAUCGAGUCGAGUCUAUGUUGCAUUCUUAUCAAGAAGCUGGCCAUUGGCGCCAAAUCGAGUCUAUGUUGCAUUCUUAUCAAGAAGCUGGCCAUUGGCCAAAUCGAUUCUAUGUUGCAUUCUUAUCAAGAAGCUGGCCAUUGGCCCCAAAUCGAGUCUAUGUUGCAUUCUUAUCAAGAAGCUGGCCAUUGGCGCCAAAUCGAGUCUAUGUUGCAUUCUUAUCAAGAAGCUGGCCAUAGGCGCCAAAUCGAGUCUAUGUUGCAUUCUUAUCAAGAAGCUGGCCAUAGGCGCCAAAUCGAGUCUAUGUUGCAUUCUUAUCAAGAAGCUGGCCAUUGGCCCCAAAUCGAGUCUAUGUUGCAUUCUUAUCAAGAAGCUGGCCAUAGGCGCCAAAUCGAGUCUAUGUUGCAUUCUUAUCAAGAAGCUGGCCAUUGGCGCCAAAUCGAGUCUAUGUUGCAUUCUUAUCAAGAAGCUGGCCAUAGGCGCCAAAUCGAGUCUAUGUUGCAUUCUUAUCAAGAAGCUGGCCAUUGGGCCAAAUCGAGUCUAUGGCAAGCUGGCCAUUGGCGCCAAAUCGAGUCUAUGUUGCAUUCUUAUCAAGAAGCUGGCCAUAGGCGCCAAAUCGAGUCUAUGUUGCAUUCUUAUCUUGGCCAUUGGCGCCAAAAUCUAUGUUGCAUUCUUAUCAAGAAGCUGGCCAUUGGCGCCAAAUCGAGUCUAUGUUGCAUUCUUAUCAAGAAGCUGGCCAUUGGCCCCAAAUCGAGUCUAUGUUGCAUUCUUAUCAAGAAGCUGGCCAUUGGCGCCAAAUCGAGUCUAUGUUGCAUUCUUAUCAAGAAGCUGGCCAUUGGCGCCAAAUCGAGUCUAUGUUGCAUUCUUAUCAAGAAGCUGGCCAUAGGCGCCAAAUCGAGUCUAUGUUGCAUUCUUAUCAAGAAGCUGGCCAUUGGCCCCAAAUCGAUCUUGCAUUCUUAUCAAGAAGCUGGCCAUAGGCGCCAAAUCGAGUCUAUGUUGCAUUCUUAUCAAGAAGCUGGCCAUAGGCGCCAAAUCGAUUCUAUGUUGCAUUCUUAUCAAGAAGCUGGCCAUUGGCGCCAAAUCGAGUCUAUGUUGCAUUCUUAUCAAGAAGCUGGCCAUUGGCCCCAAAUCGAGUCUAUGUUGCAUUCUUAUCAAGAAGCUGGCCAUUGGCCCCAAAUCGAGUCUAUGUUGCAUUCUUAUCAAGAAGCUGGCCAUAUUGGCGCCAAAUCGAGUCUAUGUUGCAUUCUUAUGGGCCACAGGCGCCAAAUCGAGUCUAUGUUGCAUUCUUAUCAAGAAGCUGGCCAUUGGCGCCAAAUCGAGUCUAUGUUGCAUUCUUAUCAAGAAGCUGGCCAUUGGCGCCAAAUCGAGUCUAUUCUAUGUUCCAUUCUUAUCAAGAAGCUGGCCAUUGGCGCCAAAUCGAGGCGCCAAAUCGAGUGGCCUAUGUUGCAUUCUUAUCAAGAAGCUGGCCAUUGGCCCCAAAUCGAGUCUAUGUUGCAUUCUUAUCAAGAAGCUGGCCAUUGGCGCCAAAUCGAGUCUAUGUUGCAUUCUUAUCAAGAAGCUGGCCAUAGGCGCCAAAUCGAGUCUAUGUUGCAUUCUUAUCAAGAAGCUGGCCAUUGGCCCCAAAUCGAGUCUAUGUUGCAUUCUUAUCAAGAAGCUGGCCAUUGGCGCCAAAUCGAGUCUAUGUUGCAUUCUUAUCAAGAAGCUGGCCAUUGGCCCCAAAUCGAGUCUAUGUUGCAUUCUUAUCAAGAAGCUGGCCAUUGGCCCAAAUCGAGUCUAUUUUGCAUUCUUAUCAAGAAGCUGGCCAUUGGCGGCAAAUCGAGUCUAUGUUGCAUUCUUAUCAAGAAGCUGGCCAUUGGGCGCCAAAUCGAUUCUAUGUUGCCAUUGCAUUCUUAUCAAGAAGCUGGCCAUAGGCCAAAUAGUCUAUGCAUUCAAAUGGCCAUUGGUCCCAAAUCGAGUCUAUGUUCCAUUCUUAUCAAGAAGCUGGCCAUUGGCGCCAAAUCGAGUCUAUGUUGCAUUCUUAUCAAGAAGCUGGCCAUAGGCGCCAAAUCGAGUCUAUGUUCCAUUCUUAUCAAGAAGCUGGCCAUUGGUCCCAAAUUCGAGUCUAUAAGCUGGCCAUUGGGCCAUUCUUAUCAAGAAGCUGGCCAUUGGCCCCAAAUCGAGUCUAUGAUGCAUUCUUAUCAAGAAGCUGGCCAUUGGCGCCAAAUCGAGUCUAUGUUGUAUUCUUAUCAAGAAGCUGGCCAUAGGCGCCAAAUCAAGUCUAUGUUGCAUUCUUAUCAAGAAGCUGGCCAGCCCCAAAAGUCUAUGGCCAUGAAGCUGGCCAUUGGUCCCAAAUCGAGUCUAUGUUCCAUUCUUAUCAAGAAGCUGGCCAUUGGUCCCAAAUCGAGUCUAUGUUGCAUUCUUAUCAAGAAGCUGGCCAUUAGGCGCCAAAUCGAGUCUAUGUUGCAUUCUUAUCAAGAAGCUGGCCAUUGGCGCCAAAUCGAGUCUAUGUUGCAUUCUUAUCAAGAAGCUGGCCAUUGGUCCCAAAUCGAGUCUAUGUUGCAUUCUUAUCAAGAAGCUGGCCAUUGGCGCCAAAUUCUUAUCAAGAAGCUGGCCAUAGGUCCCAAAUCGAGUCUAUGUUGCAUUCUUAUCAAGAAGCUGGCCAUUGGCCCCAAAUCGAGUCUAUGUUGCAUUCUUAUCAAGAAGCUGGCCAUUGGCGCCAAAUCGAGUCUAUGUUGCAUUCUUAUCAAGAAGCUGGCCAUUGGCCCCAAAUCGAGUCUAUGUUGCAUUCUUAUCAAUCAAGAAGCUGGCCAUAGGCGCCAAAUCGAGUCUAUGUUGCAUUCUUAUCAAGAAGCUGGCCAUUGGCGCCAAAUCGAGUCUAUGUUGCAUUCUUAUCAAGAAGCUGGCCAUUGGCCCCAAAUCGAGUCUAUGUUGCAUUCUUAUCAAGAAGCUGGCCAUUGGUCCCAAAUCGAGUCUAUGUUGCAUUCUUAUCAAGAAGCUGGCCAUUGGCGCCAAAUCGAGUCUAUGUUGCAUUCUUAUCAAGAAGCUGGCCAUUGGCGCCAAAUCGAGUCUAUGUUCCAUUCUUAUCAAGAAGCUGGCCAUUGGCGCCAAAUCGAGUCUAUGUUGCAUUCUUAUCAAGAAGCUGGCCAUUGGUCCCAAAUCGAGUCUAUGUUGCAUUCUUAUCAAGAAGCUGGCCAUUGGCGCCAAAUCGAGUCUAUGUUGCAUUCUUAUCAAAGAAGCUGGCCAUUGGCCCCAAAUCGAUUCUAUGUUGCAUUCUUAUCCUGGCCAUGGCGCCAAAUCGAGUCUAUGUUGCAUUCUUAUCAAGAAGCUGGCCAUUGGCGCCAAAUCGAGUCUAUGUUGCAUUCUUAUCAAGAAGCUGGCCAUUGGCGCCAAAUCGAGUCUAUGUUGCAUUCUUAUCAAGAAGCUGGCCAUUCUUAUCAAAUCGAGUCUAUGUUCCAUUCUUAUCAAGAAGCUGGCCAUUGGCGCCAAAUCGAGUCUAUGUUGCAUUCUUAUCAGAAGCUGGCCAUUGGCGCCCAUAGGCGCCCAAAUCGAGUCUAUGUUGCAUUCUUAUCAAGAAGCUGGCCAUUGGCGCCAAAUCGAGUCUAUGUUCCAUUCUUAUCAAGAAGCUGGCCAUUGGCCCCAAAUCGAGUCUAUGUUGCAUUCUUAUCAAGAAGCUGGCCAUUGGCGCCAAAUCGAGUGGCCUCCCUAAAUGUAUGCAUUCUUAUCAAGAAGCUGGCCAUUGGCGCCAAAUCGAGUCUAUGUUGCAUUCUUAUCAAGAAGCUGGCCAUUGGCGCCAAAUCGAGUCUAUGUUGCAUUCUUAUCAAGAAGCUGGCCAUUGGCGCCAAAUCGAUUCUAUGUUGCAUUCUUAUCAAGAAGCUGGCCAUUGGCGCCAAAUCGAGUCUAUGUUGCAUUCUUAUCAAGAAGCUGGCCAUUGGCGCCAAAUCGAGUCUAUGA